CAAACGUCAGUCAAGUGACACUCCAGCAAUAUGGUCGCUAUAAAAUUAUUACUUUUCACAAUUUUAACCUACGUUUACGUGUCAAACGCUCUUAUCCCGAUUCAAACCGAGCUGACAGGACCUGAGCGAGAAGCUGCUAUCGAUAGAUUAUAUAUUAUACUGCAUGAAGUAUAUCUUGAUGAUGGUCCAGUUUACAAGGUGUUGAACGUGCGUAAGGUUUUUAAUUUAAAAUCUUCUAGUUAUUCUGAGGAUAUUUACAACACGGGUCUGGCUGUUGGAAGAGUUCCCAAGGCGUGCGUAGUCAAAAAGAGUAUCGAUACUCGAUCGCCUUCCAAACCAAUUAACAAAAUUAAGAUCUUUUGUAAUGGUAUACUGGAAUUUCAGAAGAACUAUUGAAUUAAACAAAUAUAUUUGUUAUUUUUUUUUGCCUUGUA